AUAGAAACUAUCCUGGAAAAGACUCCUCUUCAUUAUAUAGAGAUGAUAUACAUAUAAAGGAGAGAAAGCCUAUACUUUUUACUUAUUGUUUAAUCGAUAUAGUUUUAAAUUGCAAGAAAUAUAAAAGCCAAAUGCUCCACAAUGCUCCACGUGUCCGCAUAAUAUACAGGAAGCUUAGAGGAGGAGCUAGUCGCCUAAUAUAAUAACUGCUAGCUCAGUUUGCCAACCGCCCUCCUCUCUUUCGGCUCCUUCUCCUUGGCUUCUGGUUUUAUUAUUCUACUCUCUUUAUUAUCAAUAGGGUUUGCUAGUCGUGCUUAUGUUCAAGAUGUGGAGCUGUUCUCUCAGCUCUUAUCUUAUCGCCUGCUUCCUUCUCCUCGCCAUUGUAACUGGACCAGCUAAAGGGAAUGAUCUCUCCAUUACUUCUGUUACUGUUUCUAAUAAUGCUGGCUCACCCUUAAUUGCUGGUAGUACUGGGUCAUUUGAUAUCACAUGCAGCAUUAAUUUGACUUGUAAUGGAAAUUGUAACGAUACUUUAAAUAUAUCUUGGACCCACAAUGACCAGGCUAUUGACACCUUUUUAUUUGGAGCUAGUUAUGAUAUGGAUAUAGAUCUAAUUAAUACUAUGGGGGAUCGCACAGAUAUGAGUACACUUACCUCUACUACCCCUGUCAAUAUAUCUCAUGCUGGAAUAUAUCGCUGUAAUGCAACGCUAAGCACUGCAGGUUCUUCUAUGAAUAGUACUGGAACAGUAAAUGUUACAAUUCCUACUCCAACUGUAACUGCUAGUGCUAGUACUAAUCCUGCAAUUGUUGGUAGUAAUGCACAAUUAAUCUGUGCUGUGACACUGCCUAGCUACAGUAGUUAUAGCUCAGCAUCAUCAGAUCUUUAUGUCCAAGUCAUGUGGAGUAGAAGCCUACCGUCAAUAAUAUUACCAGCUGCUAUGAAUACUGUAAAUGGUAUUCACAUGUUCACUGGAGUUUCUGUUAAUGAUAGUGGAGCCUAUACCUGUACUGCUAGAGUGUUUUACAAUGGAACCAGUCCUUCUUACAUGUAUGUUACUAACAGUGCUGUAUCUGAUGGAGAUUCCACUACACUUGAUGUUAAAUUUCCUACUCCAACUGUGUCUGCUGAUACUAAUAUUACUGAUAAUGUGUUAGCUGGUGGUGAUGUAGAAUUAUUGUGCAAUGUAACACUAACUAACUACAGUUCCAGUAUAUAUGGUUCAGUAAAUAUUACUGUCACUUGGGACAGAGGAGUUGGUUCAAUGAAUUACACUGCCUCAAUAGCUAGUCAGACAUUCUCACGUACACUCACUGGUGUAUCAACUAAUGGUAGUGGAGACUAUGCUUGUACUGCUCAAGUUAUUUAUACUGGAAUGCAAUCAAACAUAGUUAACAGUAAUGUAUCUGCUCCAUCCACUGCUACUACUCUUAAUGUUAAAAUUCCUGCUCCUAUUGUUUCUCUAACAUCAGCCUCAGUUGCUGUUGGAACAAAUGCUACAAUAACAUGUACUGUUACCAUUUCUCCCUUUGUUGAUCUGAAUGGAUUAAACUACAUGACACGUACUGUAACUCCAUCAACUGGUGUUCUUGGAUCUAUUCAAGAUAUUAAUACUCGUACUCAAAGUUUUACUUACACUAUCAAUAAUGCUAUGAGUACUAAUGGGAGAAUGUAUACCUGCACUGUUGGAUUGAGUCAUUCCAAUGCUACUAUAAUAGCAUCAGAUGAUGGAACAGGCACUGGUAUUAUCUAUGUAUCAAGUGUUACUGUUACUCCAGAGACUGUUACUAGGUUAGAUGUCUCUCCAUAUAAUGAAUUCACUCUCAACUGUACUGUUACUAUUACUCCUUCUCCUAAUAAUCCUCAAAUAAUGUAUUUAUGGACUGAUGGCUCUCAAGAAGUAUCCAAUAUGCAGAGUGGAGCUACUGAGAAUAUAUUAAAUGUUGUUGCAUCAGUGAUGGGUAGCUUCACAUAUACUUGUAAUGCAAGUAUCACUGUGAAUGGUGCUGAUGGUACAGCCAUGCCUAAUGAUUCAACCAGUGUUACUAUUAAAGGUCCAUCUCCUCCAGUCCAGCCUCAGAUAGUUUCAGUUACGACUACUCCAUUCACAGCUACCAUUACAUGGAAUGUAUCAGCAGUCUCCUAUACACCUGAGAGCUACACUAUUAUGUAUAAUUCUGAUGGUUUUUCUAACAGCACUAUUGCUAACAUGACAGCUCUUGAUCCACCAUUGGCAUUCAUCACAGCUACUAAUAUUCAGUAUACUUACACUAUUCAAGGGCUAAGCAGUGGUAUUCAAUAUAAUUAUUCUAUUAUAUCUAACAACACGAAUGGAUCAAAUAUUAGUAUUGUUGAUUCCUUCGUUACUUCAGAUGCUGCCCCAUCUGCUCCAUCUAAUGUAACCCUAACAACAAUAAGCUCAUCAGCGUUGCGGCUGUCAUGGGAUAAUCCUACCCCAUACACUGGUGAUAUUACUGAUUUCAAUUACACUUGCCGUGGUGUCAAUGACACUGAUUUUGUCCCUUCAUCUGACACUCAGUUUGGUAAUUUUAUUAACGGAAACAGGGUUGUUAUCCUCAGCAAUUUGAAGCCAUUCAGAGAGUAUUCAUGUAACGUUACAGCUGCUACUAGUGCUGGAGUUGGUCCUCCUGCCACUGUUAAUGGAGUCACAGGGCAAGCUGCUCCUAGUGGUCCUCCAUUAAACUUCACCAUUACACCAACCAAUUCCUCUUACUUGUAUUUGACAUUAGCAUGGAACCUACCUUCUCCAGAAACUGCCAACGGGAUCAUAACUAGUUAUAGUUACGUCUGUUAUAAAGGUGCUAAUAAUCUUACAUUUGGUGUUGUUGAUGGAACUAGUGUUGACAUUACAUUUACUAGUAUCACACCUUUUACUAAUUACAGCUGCAAUGUUAGUGCAUCAACUGUCGCUGGCACUGGUCCACCUGCCAGUCAGUAUGGAACGACUGCUGAGUCAGCUCCUACUGAAGUUACUUCUCUAGUGUUAGGUCGGUCUAAUGAUACUUCAUUUAAUGUGAUGUGGAGUCGUCCAGCAACUGCUAAUGGUGUCAUUAGAUAUUAUACAGUUUCUAUACGUUACUAUAGCAACAUGACUACUGUUAAAAAUGCAACCACUACUGAUACUAAACUCUCUAUUAAUCAAUUACGUCCAGAGGUUCCUUAUGUUGUGUCUGUCAAUGCCACUACUAAUGGAGGGACUGGACCAGCUGCCAGUCAAACCAACUUUACCAAAGAAGGAGAACCUGGUCCAGUUCGUAACGUUACAUUCCAAAGGAUAUCCCCAACGUCAGUGAAUGUCUCUUGGAUGCCAUUGACACUAGAAGAAGCCAAAGGAUUCGUUACUGGCUAUACAGUAACCCUCACUCCUAGUACUAGUAAUAACAGAAAGAGGCAGAGUCCCAUUACAAUGACAGCUGAACCUGAUCAGUCCUAUGUUGUGUUUACUGGACUCUCAGCUGAGGCUAGUUACAGUAUUAGUGUCAGUGGUAGUACUGCAGCUGGAACAGGAGAGUCUUCAUCAGGACCGACCAUACCCACAGCUGUAACACCUACUGAUGGUGGUAACACAGUGGUUAUUGUGGUUGUAGUCAUUGUCCUAUUAUUGAUAAUCAUUGUGACAGUUAUUGUUGUAAUUGUCAUCUUAUACUUCUUAAGGAGAGGUACAUGUACUUAUGAUAGUUUAAUGUCAUUAAAUUGUUAUUUUUGUUCUAUAGUUGAUAAGGAGAGAUGGGAGCCAAUUCCAGUGGCUGAAUUUGCAGCUCACACAGCCAAACUUCAUAGUGACAGAGACCUUGGAUUUGAGGAUGAAUACAAGUCUUUUAGAAAUAUUCCACAAGGUUCCUACACUACUGCUAAGUUACCAGAAAACGUGUCAAAGAACAGAUUUGAGAACGUUUAUUCAUAUGAUUCCAGUCGUGUUGAGCUGACGGCUAUACCUGAUAAACGUGGCAGUGAUUACAUUAAUGCUUCCUUCAUUGAUGGUUAUAAAAGGCCAAAAGCAUACAUUGCUGCUCAAGGUCCCUUAUCUAAUACUGUUGGUGAUUUCUGGCGGAUGGUGUGGGAAUUCCAACUCCCGACUAUAGUGAUGCUAACAGAAUUAAUAGAGAGAGGAAUAGAUAAGUGCACCUGCUAUUGGCCGAGAGCUCUUAAUGAGACUAUGGACGUUGGAUACGAUUUACAAGUUACUUUAGUGGAGCAGCAGCAAUAUGUGGACUACAAGCUUAAGAAGUUUUUAAUAUUGAAUACCUCCUCUACUGGCGGUAGACUAGAUGUUACUCACUAUCAUUUCCUAGCUUGGCCUGAUCACGGAGUUCCAGCUGAUAAAACUAUAAUGUUGGCCUUUAUACGUCGUGUCCGUCAGACACACCCACCAGAGGGACCUCCCCUCAUAGUCCACUGUAGCGCUGGAGUGGGAAGAACUGGGACUUUCAUAACGUUAGACAGCAUGCAGCAAAGGUUGGAUAAACAAGAAAAGGAUUUGAAUAUUUACGAGUUCCUGGCGAACAUGAGGACAAUGCGAGUACUAAUGGUUCAAACUGAGGCCCAGUAUGUGUACAUACAUGAUGCUCUCUCUGAGUACAUCACUUGUGGCGAUACUUCAAUGACAACAAAGAGACUCAAGAUUGUAAUGGACGAAUUGACUAAAGUCUCUGAAAAGAAGUCCGGUUAUGAGAAGCAGCUGGAGUUAAUUAAUCAAGUUUGUCGUCAGCCCACUGAAGGUCUGCUAUGCGACGCAUUAUCAAAGACUAAUAUUGGGAAGAACAGGUUCCCCUCUAAACUGGACACUCUGCCCUAUGAUAUGACUCGUGUGAGGCUUAGGACUGCCAGUGGCACUGGAGACUACAUUAAUGCUAACCAUGUUGAUGGUUACAAGCAUCGCGGUGCAUUCUUGGCGACACAGGCACCAAUGAAAGAGACAGUGGAGGACUUGUGGCGCAUGGUCUGGGAGCAAUGGUCGUCGUCUAUUGUGAUGUUGUGCAAUCUUGAAGAGAAUGAGAAGGAGGUGUGUGCUAAGUAUUGGCCUGAUAAAGUUGAUGAAUCAGUGACUUACGGUAAAAUGGUCGUCAAACUUGUUUCUGAGGAGAAGAGGCCACACUACAUCAUCAGGAAGUUAAUGCUUUCUCAAGAGAGCACUUACAUCAACGUAUCGGCUGGUGCUGCUGAUCAUUUGAUGGUGACCCAGUUCCAUUAUGUUAACUGGGCCGAAGAUGAGAAACCAAAAGAUGAGACUCCAUUACUGAAACUAAUUGAUCAGUUGUUACAUAACCAGAUGAAUACUGGGAAUAAAGCAAUCACAGUGAUGUGCAGUGAUGGAAUUGGUCGUACUGGCUCUUUCAUGUGCAUGUACUCUGUCCUGGAAAGGAUCAAGAUUGAGAGCGUGGCUGACGUGUUCCAGUACAUUAAAGGAGCUCGUUUCAACCGCCCAGGACUAGUUCAGAAUGUGGUUCAAUAUGAGUUCUGUCAUGAUAUUAUAUUAGAAUAUAUUAAUUCCUUUGAUGCUUAUCACAAUUUCUAAGGAGAAGAAUUACUAUUAUUAUUAAUAAUAAUUAUUAUUAUUAUAAAACUUUAGCUGAUCUCUCUCUCACUUCAUAAACUUUAAUGACUGUUGUUCUUGUUCUUGUUGUAUGCCACUUACCCUUUCAUUAUUAGUAGCAGCUUUUAUUAUGUAUUGUGUGAGCAAGUUUCAUUUCUCAGAGUAAUUUUUUUAAAUAAAAUUAAUAAUAGGUAUUCAUGCCUAAGAUUUCUUG